AGAACCUCUCCUUUUUUCUCACAAAAUUCCUACCAAAUCAAGGGUAGGCUUCUGCUUUCGCUCCAUCCCCAUUCCCCAUCCCUCCAACACGAUUGCUUUUGCUUCCCCACCUAGCUAGGCUUAGCUAAGCUAUAUAGCCAGCCAAUCAAACGGCGGCCUCUCAUCACUAGGCUGCAACCAUCGCUCAUCAGCCAUCCAAGCACCUCCUCUUCCUCUCGAGUCUCCUCCCCCUGCCCUCUAGGCGAACGCGCGGUGGCGCCAUGGACAUUAGGCUGCUGGUAUCCGCCGACGCCAACCUCGCCGCCGCUCUGUCGCGCUCCCGCUCUUCCAAGUCCGCGUUCCAGCGCCAGGUUGUCCCGAGCAGCCGGGCGUCGUCGUGCAGGUCCGUCCGCGCGCGCUCCGCCGCAGCCGCCGCGCCGGCUGCGGGAGGCAUCUCCGGGCAUAGCAAUUACACGGUUGGUGACUUCAUGACAAGAAGGGACAAUCUCCAUGUUGUCCAACCUACUACACCAGUUGACCAAGCCCUGGAGCUGCUGGUGCAACACAGGAUCUCUGGCUUCCCUGUGGUUGACGAUGACUGGAACUUGGUUGGGGUUGUAUCAGAUUAUGAUCUCCUAGCUUUGGAUUCGAUGUCAGGAAAUGAAUUGGCCGAUACAAGUACAAACAUGUUUCCUGAUGUGGAUAGCACAUGGAAGACAUUCCACGAGCUACAGAGGAUAUUAAGCAAAACUAAUGGGAAGGUCAUUGGUGAUGUAAUGACCUCUUCACCUUUAGCGGUUGGGAUGAUUACAAGGGGAAAUGUCGUCAGUGCUGCCCUCAAAAUAAAGAAGAAAACUGAAGAAGGUGCUUGAACUAGACUGCUCGUCACUGCUUGCUUGGGGUUAAUCAUGCAGCCAUUUGGCAUUGAAUUCAUUGAAGCAUUGAUUGGUGAUGUUCAAAGUGUAGCUACAGAAUUUUGUUCUCAAUACUAGGUAGCAUACUAGUGUAGCAGUGUGUAGGUUCAUAUUCACUGUUUUUCAUCGUAUCCAUGAACAUUUUUAUUGAUUUGCAUAAUGGAAUCAAGAGCUUGUGAUACGAUAAAAACCUUGAAUUGAUGGAAACGAUGACUUGCCCUAAACUAUUAGAGGGUAAACUA